GAUAACCACUAUUUGUCUACAUGUAGUCGGCGUUCUCCUUUACUACUGGUCUGUAGGCUGCCUUGCACAGUAAACUCCCAUCCAGCUGGCGGCGCUGUUGUGUUUCUGGGUUCGUCACCAACUAGAACAAAGAACGUCCCAAGAUUCCUUGACUAGAACACGGAAGUAGGAUUGCUAACGAGGUUUUAUUGUUCCUUGUGUGGAGUAAAGAAAGACAUACUUACUAAACUAAAUAGGCUACCCAUCUCUAAUUUUACAGAAAAUGUCUAAACUACAGAUGUUGUGUGUGUUUUUGAAUGAGCGUUUAUCGGCGGCUGCUGUGGAUAUUUUUGGGGCAGUUGAGAAAACGGUAGUGGAGUACCAGGAGGAGAAUGAUCGGCUACGGAGACUGCUGCGGAGGACACCAGAGAUACAACUAUGUAGAAUAGACUCCCUGCAGCUCUCUGUCUCUGAAGAGGAGGUUCCCCCUGAGCAGCAGCACUGUGAGCAGGAGUGGAGCCCCAGUCUGGGACAGGAGGACCCAGAGACCAAACAGAUUAAAGAGGAACAGGAGGAAGUCAGGACCAGUCAGGAGGAAGAGCAGCUUCAAGGGGUGGAGCCUGAUAUCAUAGAGUUCAUAUUUACUCCUCCUUGUGUGAAAAGUGAAUGUGAUCAGGAGGACCCACGUCAAGAUCCCAUACUUGCUGAACACCCAACUCUCCUGAAAAUGUCUAAACUACAGUCGUUUCAAGAGUUUUUAAAUCAGCGUUUAACGGCGUUUGCUGCUGUGGAGAUUUCCGGGGCAUUUGCGAAAGCAGUAGCAGAGUACCAAGAGGAGAAUGAUCUGCUACGGAGACUGCUGCGGAUCACACCGGAGAUACAACUAUGUAGAAUAGAAUCCCUGCAGCUCUCUGUCUCUGAAGAGGAGGUUCCCCCUGAUCAGCAGCACUGUGAGCAGGAGUGGAGCCCCAGUCUGGGGCAGAAGGACCCAGAGACCAAACAGAUUAAAGAGGAACAGGAGGAAGUCAGGACCAGUCAGGAGGAAGAGCAGCUUCAAGGGGUGGAGCCUGAUAUAAUAGAGUUCAUAUUCUCUCCUUCCUGUGUGAAAAGUGAAUGUGAUCAGGAGGACCCAACCCAGACUGUGGAGAACAGAGGGAGAGACUCUAAACCAGUGGAUCUCAAACCUUCUGUCGUUGUGACCCACAUUAAGGGUCUCAACAUUCCCUGUGACCCUCCAGAUAAUCAAAACAAUGCCUCCUGCCACAGUUCAGCUGUAAGCAGCUACACAGUAGGACUUGACAACAGUCCACUGUUGGAUACCAGCCCAACAUUGGAUCGAAACCCACCAAUGGGGGAACAUUGUUCCAAACCCAACACCAUGUCUAGAAGAACUCACCAAUGCCGUGACUGUGGAGAAACAUUUGCUCUGAAAGCUGACCUGCAGAGACACGUGACUCUCACCAAGAAGAGACCCAGUGAAUGUAGCUUUUGCAAAAAAAGCUUCAACUCCACCUGUAAACUGAAGGCCCAUGUCCGACUCUGUCACAUUGGGAAACCCUGUGGAAUGACCUUCAAACACAAUCUGCCUAAUCACAUGAGGAUUCACACAGGAGAGAAAUCAUUUAGCUGCGGUGACUGUGGAAAAAGCUUCAAUCGGAAGAUGAGCCUAACUGAACAUAAACUGACUCACACAGGAGAGAAACCAUUUAGUUGUGGUGACUGUGGGAAAAGCUUCAAUCGGAAAGGUCACCUAACCAUACACAAACUGACUCACACAGGAGAGAAACCAUUUAGCUGUGUUGACUGCGGGAAAAGCUUCAAUCGGAAAGGUCACCUAACCAUACACAAACUGACUCACACAGGAGAGAAACCAUUUAGCUGUGGUGACUGUGGGAAAAGCUUCAAUCGGAAGGGGCACCUAACCAUGCACAAUCUGACUCACACAGGAGAGAAACCAUUUAGCUGUGUUGACUGUGGGAAAAGCUUCAAUCGGAAGGAGCACCUAACGAUGCACAAACUGACUCACACAGGCGAGAAACCUUUUAGCUGUGGUGACUGCGGGAAAAGCUUCAAUCAGAAAGGGGACCUAAGGAGGCACAAACUGAUUCACACAGGAGAGAAACACCAUGGCUGCUCCGUCUGUGGUAAAGGAUUCACUCAGAAGACGAAUCUGCUGAGGCAUGUGGAUAAAGUCCACAAAGGAAGAAAACAGGACAGAAACUGAAAGGGAAGGGGGGAUACCUAGGUAGUGUUCCAACUGAAUGCAUUCCACUGAAAUGUGUCUCCCGCAUUUAACCCAACCCCUGUGAACCAGAGAGGUGCUGGGGGGCUGCCAUAAUCAACGUUGUCGGCACCCGGGGAUCAGUGGGUUAACUGCCUUGUUCAGGGGCAGAACGACAGAUUUUUACCUUGUCAGCUCGGAGAUUCUAUCCAGCAACCUUUCGGUUACUGGAAAGAACAUUAGGACAAAGAGAUUGUCUGGGGGAAAAUAAUGAAUGGCAAUAUCAAUAUCAAAUACUUAGGAUCCUUAAUGAGUGACAACGAACAACAAAUAUAUAAAGAUAACUUUAUUCCAUUACUCAACUUUAUGAAAGCAGAUCUAAUUCAAUGGAAUAAUCUUCCUGUAAAUCUUAACAGAUAAAAUAAACCUCUUCAGAAUAGCA